AUGACAGGAUCAAAUCACUCGAGGCCAAGGGGUUAGGUAGAAAUAGAGUUAUGGCGAAAAAGGUGGAUCAGCCAGGGUAUGGCUUCAGAGUCGUAAAAUUUGGCUCCCAAUUUUAUGAAUUAAAUUGGCUGGGAUUUGAAAUUUCCUAAGGAAAAGUCUCUAGGGAAAAAAGUCGUUAUUCUAAGUCCUUUGCCUUAAGCAACCAAAAUCUUCAAACCUACUACUAUGAAGAGUUCUGAUGGUUCCAACCAUGCCCAAUCAAUUGAAGUGUCUAAACGGUGGGCAAGUAAAAACGUGAAGAUGAUGAAGAUGGCAAAUAUGGCUGCCAUUAACGAUGUAAUGUGUGAAAAGUUGAGAAAGUCGCAAAGUUGA